AUGUCUAAGAACCCUCACUGCUGUGCAGGUUCUUUGCUAGUACCUGAAUAUUUACCACGGACGUUUAUUGUGAACAUCGGCUUCCCAGUCGAAUUACGAAUCUUGGACGUGACGACUUUCCACCAAAUGACCACUUACGCGGUCUUAGGUUCCACUGGGAACUGUGGUACUGCAAUUAUUCAAAAUCUCCUCCAGCGCCCCGACGCCAACAUUAAGGCCUAUUGCCGCAGUAGGGCCAAGCUGGUGCGUCUCCUCCCUGAGGUCGAGGACAACAAGCGGGUGGAAAUCUUGGAAGGCAGUAUCCAAGAUCAGGAGGUCCUUUCAGCCUGUCUCCGGGACUGCCGUGCUGCCUUCCUCGUUGUUUCGACAAAUAACAACCUUCCGGGAUGUCGACUCGCCCAAGAAACGGCUAUGAACGUCAUUCGGUCACUCCGGAAUAUCAAGCAAGCUCCCAAGCUGAUCCUUCUUUCGUCGGCUACAAUUGACGACCACUUUUCUCGCCACAUCCCUUUCAUCUUAAGGCAGAUCCUGCUUCGCUCUGCCUCGUAUGUCUACAACGAUCUAGUGGAGACCGAGAAGCUUCUGAGAGCAGAGAGUCAUUGGUUGACCACCAUAUACAUGAAGCCUGGUGCUUUAUCGGUGGACAAGCAGCGAGGCCAUGCUUUGAGUCUGACGGAGGAGGGAAGCCCGCUUUCAUACCUCGAUCUGGCCGCGGCCAUGGUGGAAGCGGUUGACGAUCCGGACGGCCGCUACGAUACGCAAAAUGUUAGUGUGGUGAAUACAAGUGGGCCGGCAAAAUUCCCAACUGGAACUCCAAUGUGUAUUCUUAUGGGGCUUAUCAGUCAUUUUUUCCCCUUUUUGCAUGGGUAUCUGCCAUCGACCGGUCCUGGUUGA